GGAAGGCAGACUCUCCAAGCUUGCCCAACUGGGCAGAGGGAUCCUCCUCCUGUCACCACUGCUGAGCCAGCAGGGAUACCCAGGAGCUGUGAGCUGCCACAGAAACCCAAGACCUGCCAUGGCAUGCCACUGAUCCCAGGACUGGAACUGCUGAAAUUGGAUUACCACGUAUUUGCACAAGCUGAUCAGCUGCCACUUGCCCUGCUUGAUUUUGUCUGUUUGCCUCCCCUGAAUAGGAUGUUGGACAUCUUUAAAGCAUUAGCAACUAGAUGAAGAGGAUGGUCUUAUCACCAAUGACGGUGGAGCUUGAUGAAAUGUCGCGGCAAGUUCUCCGUCUCCACCCGGCUCAGCGGUGAUGCCUCAAAUACGGCUGAGGGUGACUGCGUGCCAGAGGCCCCCUCUCGAGUGACCGUGCCGAGGGACAGGAUUCAGACGCUCGCCCGCUCUGUCGGAGGCGAGGCACCGUCCCCACGGACUCAACCUCGCCUACACCUCCCGCAGCGCACCCAGGCAGCUCCCCGUGUACGCAUGCUCCCUCCCGCCCUGGGACGCCACAAUGAGCGGCGCCGUGACGUAGCUCCCCAGCUCCUCCAAUGAGACCGCGCGGAGGGCAAGGCCGCCCUGCCGUUGGCUGGCCCCGCCCUCGCCCCGCCCCUGGCCGCCGCCGCGGAGAGUGCGGUGGGGCGACCCGGAUGAGGCUGCCUGGGGCGGCCGCGGCCGUUAAGCGCCGGCCUGCGGGCGCGGCCCCCGCCAUGGCGGCGGCGCGGUGAGGGCAGCGCGUUUGGGUGCGGCGCGAGGCGCGGCGAGGAUGCUGCAGGUCUAUGUGAUCCUGCUGUCGGCGCUGGCCGGCUGCUUCCUCACCCUCCUGCUUCAGCUUCUACUCCUCUACAGGAAGAAGCCGGAGCCCCCAGGGGCGGCCGGAUCCUCCGUCCGCGUCUCCUACUCCCAUGUCGCGGCUGACUACAGCCUCAAGGACUACCUCCAGGGCUCGGAGCAGGUCGGCAACCAGUCGUCUCCUGAGCCAACCCCCGGCCCGGCCUCUGCCUCGGCCUCAGCGACGGCCGCCGCCGCGACUCCCGCCGGUACCCCGGGCCCGGAGCCCAGCGCCAAACAGCAACAGCAGCAACAGCCAGAGUCCGAGGAGGAGUCGGAAUCGUGCCACUUCCUCAAUGCCAUCUUCCUCUUCCUCUUCAGGGAGCUCAGGGACACGGCCCUGGUCAGGAACUGGGUCACCAAGAAGAUCAAGGUGGAGUUUGAGGAGCUGCUCCAGGCCAAGAUGACAGGGAAGGUGCUGGAGGGACUCAGCCUUAGGGAGGUCUCUCUCGGCAGUGUCCUUCCGGUCUUCAAAUCUGUCAAGCUCAUUCGACCGGUAGCCUGCAACGAAGAGGGCUCCCCUGAGGAGCUGGGCUUUGAGGUAGACCUGGAGUACAACGGUGGCUUCCACUUGGCCAUUGAUGCGGAUCUAGUCUUUGGCAAGUCGGCCUACCUCUUUGUCAAGAUCUCCAGGGUGGUGGGGAAGCUGAAGCUGGUCUUCACACGCCUGCCCUUCACACACUGGUACUUCUCUUUUAUGGAUGACCCUGUGAUACUCUUUGAGGUGAAGUCUCAGUUUGAAGGGCGGCCCAUGCCGCAGCUCACUUCCAUCAUUGUGAAUCAGUUCAAGAAGGUUAUUAAGCGCAAGCACACCUUACCCAAUUACAAAAUCAGGUUUAAGCCAUUUUUUCCAUGUCAAGUAUUGCCACCUGAUGAAUAUGAAGAUCGAGAGCUCUCUAUACAAGAUAUUCUAUUGACAGAAGGUCGACUAAAAGUCACAUUAGUUGAAUGUACAAGGUUGCUUAUUUUUGGAUCUUAUGAAAGAGAAACAAAUGUUCAUUGCACAAUGGAGCUGAGCAGUAACGUUUGGGAGGAGAAAUCAAGAAGCUCUAUUAAAACGGCAGAGCUAGUGAAAGGGAACCUGCAGAGUGUUGGCCUCACACUUCGCCUUGUGCAGUCCAAAGAAGAUGAUGCAGGACAUGUUGUCAUUGAAACGGUGACUCCAAACUCACCUGCUGCGGUUGCUGAUCUACAGAGGGGAGACAGACUUCUAGCAAUUGGCAGCGUUAAGAUCACAUCAACUGUCCAAGUGUUGAAGCUGAUCAGACAGGCUGGUGACAAAGUUUUAGUCUUCUAUGAAAGGCCUGUGGGGUACAAUCAGCACGGCUCAGCACUGCAGGAUGGAUUUGGGCCCUUAGAAGACACUACCUUCUUGACACAACCAGAAGAUGACCAAUCCAGUCUGUCAGCUGAUGUCGAUAGUAGAGAUUUUGAUUCAGAGUUUGAGGACUUAGCUUGUGAAACACCUGACCAAAAAGAGGAUCUGCCUCCAACUCCAAGUCCCAAACGUUCGGCAGCCAUACUUGCUGCUAAGCCCCUUGGAACUAUAUCUCCCAUUCUGAAUCGAAAGCUUCACUUAGGAAGUUACCAGACGACAUCAAAAACACAACAAAAAGAUGGAGCUAAAGCGGCAGCACCCAAAGCUGCUGAGAGUUCAGAUGCACCACAGCUAUCGGGGAAACAAUCACAAGGAUCCAUUACUAAACCUCCAGUGCCACCCAGGCCGCAGAGUAAGCUGAGUUUGCCUGCUAGUGAGACUCCAAACGUGUUAGAAACUGGAGGUGCAUCUGCUGAAAAACCAGAGAGGCCACCUCCACCUAUGAAUAUUGGGGAUAAGUGUACAGAGAAGGUAACAAAGAAUAAUGAUCAGGUGGAAGACCCAACAGUAACAAAAAUGGUAGCGGCAUCGAAACAAGAUGCAUUGAAAGAUGGGCUUCCAGAAAACACACGUGGAGAUGACCAUAAACCGUGGGAAUCACCAGAAAUUCCUUAUAAAUCCCGGCAAGGCCGAUGGCCAAAGUCGAGAACAUCUUCUUGUCUGUUUGAAGUAGAAGGAUACCAUAAGUACCUUAAUGUUGCACUGUGGUGCAGAGACCCUUUCAAAGCAGGUGGUUUCAUCUGCUUAGGAUAUGCAAGCAUAAAACUUGAAGAAAUUGCUUUAGAUUGUAUAGCUACAUCCUCAAUGGAGUACAGUAGAACAUGUAAGCUGGAUGCUCCUGCACCCAAAGCCGUGGUCACAAGAACAGCAUUGAGGAAUUUGACAACCCAUAAGGGGUUCAAUGAGAAGUUUUGUUACGGCGACCUAACUUUGCACUUCAAAUAUUUAAAUGAAGGAGAAACGGAUGAUUCAAGCGUCCUCCUGGAGAAAGAAAGAGAAUGUCACUUGGAAGAAGAAGCUCAUGCCCUUCAGAAAGAGGAUUCUUACUCGGGGCCAGCUGUGCUCCCAGAGAACAAGCAUAACUUUCAAGACACUCAGUUUCAGAAUCCAACUUGGUGCGAUUAUUGCAAAAAGAAAGUGUGGACUAAAGCAGCUUCGCAGUGCAUGCUCUGUGCUUAUGUUUGCCAUAAAAAGUGUCAAGAGAAGUGUCUGGCUGAGACACCCUUUUGUGUAGGAGCUGAAAAGCGACUCGAUCGGACUGCGGGAGGUUGUAGAGCGGAAGGACAGGAGCCUCCCCAGGCUGCCUCUUCUCGUGUUGAUUCGGAGUCUAAAUCUGUUAACAGAACUACAGGUUUGACCAGGCAUAUCAUCAACACGAGCACUCGCUUGUUAAACCUGCGCCAAGUCCCCAAAGCUCGCCUUUCCGAGCAGGGAGCGGAGGUGGUGGAACCCUCACCAAAGCACACGCCAAACACUUCUGAUAACGAAAGCAGCGAUACCGAAAUCAGUGGGCCAAGCAGUCCUUCCAAACGCGCGUCAGGCACUGGCAUCAAGUUGGUCCGAAAGGAGGGUGGUCUAGACGACAGCGUCUUCAUUGCUGUCAAAGAGAUUGGCCGCGACCUCUACAGAAGCUUACCCACGGAGGAGCGCUUCCAGAAAUUAGAAUUUAUGUUGGAUAAGCUGCAGAACGAGAUAGACCAGGAGCUGGAAAAUAACAAUUCCCUCGUUAAAGAAGAGAAAGAGACAACUGAGGCAAGGAAAAAAGCCCUGAUCGCUGCUGCGCUGGCUAAGUCAGGUGAAAGACUGCAGGCCCUUACGCUGCUGAUGAUCCACUACAGGGCAGGCAUUGAGGAUAUUGAGUCUUUGGAGAACAUGUCCCUGGAGCGGCAGUCCAGGAGAGUGACUAAAGAGUCAGAGGAAUCCAGCGUAGCAGAGGAAAUGGAUAACGAAGAUGUCAGUCUGACGGAGGCGCCAACAUUCAAUAUCAUAUCAGAAGAAGCAGUCGACCCACCUCAAUCAGUAGAUUGAGCUCUACAUCUUUAGCCUUCAAAGGACUUGACUAGAAGAAUACUUUGCACUUAAUUACAAACACAAGGCCAAUUAAAUCAAAACACUGGUAUGACAUACGCCUCCUGCUUCUCCACGGUUACUUGCCUGUGUAAGACUACAGCUAAUAAAUGGUUCUCCUCCAGCUAACAGCACCAUCAUUUUUGUUAAACUGUGCUGGUUAAAACAACAUUUUUGGGGGGGGGGUUUAUAUUGGAAAUUUAUUUUUAAUAACUUAUUUUUAUUUUUUCUAAUUAUGGAACCUUAACCAUUUCACAUUACUGCGUGUGGUGUCCUCAAGGUAUUACUUACGCUCCACUUCUGCCCCCCCCCCCUUUUUUUUUCUUGCCCCCCCCUUUUAACUUUUUGUUUUCAACAGGAAACUGUCAGGAUUUUCAGAGCAUUUAGUGUUCAUUUUGUGAUUGGGAAAAAAAAAUCAUCAUAAGCUUGUUGCAUGCCUAAGCUGAUGACUGACACAGAAGUCACUGAGGGACCAGGCUUUGAAAUGAUGAUCACAGUUCUAUUGUAUUGCCUUCUAGGUAGUUGUGUCUCGUCACCAAACAUAUCCUGAAAGCAAACAGAUGCUCUUUCAUUUCUGUCUGUUAGGAAUAGUUACUGAAGUUACGAUGCUGCAUAUCAUUUGUUCUCCAUAUUUAUUUUUUGUUGUUUGAAUAAAGGAACUUUUCAUAGUUUGUGUUGUAAUCAACAUGAAACCUAGUAAAAGAAAAGAAAAAUCCUCUUCAGACCUUUUAGGUUGUCAUAUCCUGAUUGAAUAAUGCUACAUAUCAAAGUCCAUACCAGUAUAUUGGUAUAGGUGAAUUGGGAAUGUCUUCGAGGGAAGAGGCUGGUUGCCUCCCAGAGCAAAAUUGUAUGUUUAAGUGUUGGUGUAUUGUCUGAUAAGCUGCUAAAAAAAAAAAAAAGAGAGGCAAAUAGUUGUGUUUUAGUGCUAAGAAGGAAAACAUUAAUUCUUCUAUGGUACUAAUCGUGAAUCUCGAGGGGAAAGGUUGGUAGGACUACAUUCCUGGUGUAAUCUUUGCUUCAUGCUUACCUGUAUAUAGUUGAAAAUAAAGAAUACCACAGAAACCAAGAAUAUCUUGACUUAAUGAUAUCUGACUGGGUGGCAGCUGCACACAUCUGCAGAAGAUCUGCCUCAUAUUGAUUUUUUUUUUGUUGUUGGCUAUUAUUUUAUCCUGAGAAUAAGCUUUAAUAAAAUAGUUUUGCUAAAUUAUCAACUUCUUUGCAUUGUGUUUUAUUUUUUUUUUAAACUCUUUGUAUUGCAGUAAUUGUCUUGAGGCCACUGCUUAAAGGGGAAAGCUUUGGAAGGAAGCCACAUAGCUGACAUGAAAUAAAACCUGCUGAUUGUUGGACUGUUUGGGCUUUGCAUUCCUUCUAUUUGCGUACUUAUUUAUUCUGCAGGGUUUGAUAAUAGGUAUAGAGAACUUUAUAAAAUGCUAAGGAUAUUUGUUUGGAUUUUUUUAAGGCCUCCUGGAGUGGAUUAGAAGGGGAGUGGUUAGUAGGUCGAGAAAGGUUCUCCUUCCCCUCUACUUCGCCCUGGUGAAGCCACAUCUGCAAUAUUUUCUCACGUUCUGGCUCCCUUAGUUCAAGAAGGACCUCAGGAAAGUGCUUGAAAGACUCCAGUGCAGAGCCACAAAGUUGCUAAAGGCAGUGAAACCUUAUGAGGAAAGGCUGGGGGAGCUGGGGCUCUUUAGCUUGGAGGGGAAGAGACUGGGGAGUGAACUCAGUCAUGUUUAUAAACUUGUGAAGGGCAAUGUCAGGAGGAUAGAGCCAGGCUCUGCUCAGUGAUGCCCAACGGUAGGACAAGGGGCAGUGGGUGCAAGCUGGAGCAUAGGAAGUUCCACGUUAACAGAAGCAAAACCAUCUUCACUGUGAGGAUGACAACAGGCUGCCCAGAGAGGCUGUGGAAUCUCCUUCCCUGAAUGUGGGUAGCUAGGGCCCAGCGGCCGGAAGAUAUCGCGCUGUACGGGAAGAUAGGGCCCCUCUCCUUAUUGCCAUAACCAAUAAUAUCUAGUUAAUGAUGUAAGCAGGCGGAAAUGAUGUAUUAUUCCACACUAUAUAACCCAGCGUUGCACACUGAAUAAACACCAUUUGCUUUCCACCGCA